AAAAAAAAAAAAAAAAAAAAAAAAAAAAAAAAAAAAAAGAGCAAAGCAACUCUCAAAAACCCUAGAAGAAACUUAAAUUCAGUUGAAAUUUGAUAAUCAAAACCCUAAAAGAUGAUGAAUUUUAAGCCACCGGAGACUAAAACGACGUCGUCUACAGCGGAGAAAGCGUUUUCAUUGAUAUCUAAGGGAUGGAAAGAGGUACGUUCUUCUGCAGACGCGGAUCUACAACUCAUCAGAAAUCGAGCCAACUCGUUCAAAAACUUAGCAGACAAGGAACUCGAGAAUUUCCUAAUUUCAGCUUCGAAAUCGCCCUUCAUUGUCCCAACAAUUACAGCUACUGCCACUACUAGGACGGCUCCGGCGGAAAUUGACUUUGUUAAGAAGCUCCGGCCUAAAUUAUCGGAGAUACGUAGGGCUUAUUCGUCGCCGGACUUUAAGUGGGCCCCGAAAGGGAAGCUCCGACUUAACCUGUCGGGUAUUAAGAAUGCGAUUGUGGCGGAAACUGAAGAUGAGGAGGAGGAUGAAGGGCAAUUUGGGAAAUGGAGGAGAGAGAGGUUUAAGGAUGAAGGGCAAUUUGGGGAAUUGAAUUGGGAGCCAAUUAAGGCUUUUAGUGCUCGGCUUAAGGAGCUGGAGGUAGAGGUCAAGAGCCCGAAUUCGUCACCGGUGGAGAUUUUUGAAGGGAUUAAGAACAGUGAAUUUGUGGAGAAAGUAAAAUCGAGCUUGAAAUCAAUUUGCAAGGAACCAGAGGUGACAAAGGGAGUUCCUCCACUGGAUGUGCCAGAGUUGUUAGCCUAUUUGGUUAGACAGUCAAGCCCCUUUUUGGAUCAAAUCGGCAUAAGAAGAGAUAUCUCCGAUAAGAUCGUAGAGAGUUUAUGCAGCAAACGGCGGGACAAACUUCUAUUACGUGCUUUACCUGAAGGAGAUUCUUCCCUUAUUGAAGGCGAUAAUAUAAAUGAUGAACUAGAUUUACGAAUUGCCAGUGUACUACAGAGUACUGGUCAUCAUUAUGAAGGUGGGUUUUGGAGCUCUGAUUCUACCAGGCAGAACGUAUCAGAUGGUAAAAGACAUGUAGCCAUAGUCACAACUGCUAGCCUUCCUUGGAUGACGGGAACAGCUGUAAAUCCUCUCUUCCGAGCGGCUUAUUUGGCCAAAUCUGAAAAGCAGAAAGUUACACUGUUGGUUCCAUGGUUAUGUAAAUCUGACCAAGAACUAGUUUAUCCAAACAAUCUUACAUUUAGUUCACCAGAAGAGCAGGAGCUCUACAUACGGAAUUGGCUUGAGGAAAGAGUCGGUUUCAAGACUGAUUUCAAGAUCUCGUUUUAUCCUGGAAAGUUCUCCAAGGAAAGGCGAAGUAUACUACCAGCUGGAGAUACUUCUCAGUUUAUCCCAUCAAGAGAUGCUGAUAUUGCAAUCUUAGAGGAGCCAGAACAUCUAAAUUGGUACCACCAUGGAAAACGCUGGACUGAUAAGUUUAACCAUGUUGUUGGUAUUGUUCACACAAAUUAUUUGGAGUAUAUCAAAAGAGAGAAGAAUGGGGCUCUUCAAGCUUUCCUUGUGAAACACAUAAAUAAUUGGGUCACUAGAGCACAUUGUGACAAGGUGCUGCGCCUUUCUGCUGCUACACAGGAUUUACCCAGGUCUGUGGUCUGCAAUGUUCAUGGUGUAAACCCGAAGUUUCUGAAAAUUGGAGAAAAAGUGGCUGCAGAAAGACAAAGUGGUGACCAAGUUUUCUCUAAAGGUGCGUACUUCUUAGGAAAAAUGGUUUGGGCGAAGGGUUACAGGGAGUUAAUAGACCUGCUGGCAAAGCACAAAAGUGACCUUGAUGGGUUUAAUGUGGAUUUGUUUGGCAAUGGGGAAGAUGCUCAUGAAGUGCAGUCUACAGCUAGGAUGUUAAAUUUGAAUGUCAACUUCAUGAAAGGCAGAGACCAUGCAGAUGAUUCUCUUCAUGGUUAUAAGGUCUUCAUAAAUCCUAGUAUCAGUGAUGUACUCUGUACAGCCACAGCUGAGGCACUUGCCAUGGGGAAAUUUGUAGUUUGUGCAGAUCACCCGUCUAAUGAGUUCUUUCGGUCAUUUUCCAACUGCUUGACCUAUACGACAUCUGAAGACUUUGUGGCAAAGGUUAAAGAGGCAAUGUCCAGUGAGCCUCAGCCUCUCAAUCCUGAGGAACAAUAUAAGCUUUCGUGGGAAGCUGCAACACAGAGAUUCAUGGAAUAUUCUGACCUCGAUAAGGUUUUGACUAGUGAGACACGCAGGGACGCAAGAAGCAGCAGUAAGGGCAUGGGAAAAUCAGUUUCCAUGCCAAACCUAGGAGGGAUGGUUGAUGGCGGUCUGGCAUUUGCGCAUUAUUGUCUCACGGGGAACGAGUUAUUGAGGUUCUGUUCGGGUGCAAUACCGGGAACACGGGAUUAUGACAAGCAGCAUUGCGAAGAUCUCCAUCUCUUACCUCCUCAAGUAGAAAACCCAAUUUAUGGCUGGUAGAUGUAUACCUUCUUGACCUGUAAAUCAUUGUUAGUAGUAUUACUAUGUACUAUAGGUGUGAUGUAACCUGGAUACUUGUAAGUCCUUAGUUGGUAUCAGUGGUGGAACCAGGAUAUUCACAUAAAAAGUAUUUUUGAUUUGUGUGAUUUUCUGGCAAA